CUUACACGGUAGGCACCGUUAAUUUGAGCAUAAGAAUCUGCGGUCAUAGAAAGUAACUGCUGCGUCUCUUCUAUUUAAGCCAAAAGCUCUCUGGCGGCCGACCACGGUUGGUGUUUUAGGACGCUUACAGUCAUUUCUUAACAAUUGCUGAUUACCUCCAUGGCGUCAAGAGGGACAAUGAGGAGUUCCGCUUUGCACGGGCGACCCUUGUUUGGAGGUGCACCAAGGCGCGCCUGGGUUCCAUCAGUCCGACCCCGCGUAUGCACUUGGGUCAUUGUUCCAAGCAGAGACAGCGCCUCAGAAAGCAGCGGGAAGCGCGUGCCGCUGCUGUGGACCUACUCCGAUGACCUCAGCGGUCUGGGCGAGUUGCAGCAGCAGAAGGAGGUCCUGGAGGAGGUAUACCAGCGGGGGGCCGCCGCCACCACCACCUCCACCACAUCAACGUCAACCAUAUCGCCCGCAGUAACGUCGCCCUCCCUAGCAGCAGCAGCAGCCCCUGCGACACGCAGCAGCAGCAACGCGGCGACGGGAGUCCCAACUGGCGCUGGGGAGGAGGAUGAGGAGCAGGCGGUGGGGCUAAUGGCUGUGUCAGACCCAGUGGUUUUGGAUCCAGCGCUGCUCUCAGAGCGCCUCUCCUCCUCCGCGCUAGCAUCCACCUCGGCGCCCUCUUUUGCCGCUGCCGCCGCUCUCCAGUCCUCAGCUUGUGAGGCGUCACAGCAGCUGCACUCGCAGCGAAGCAGCCAUCACCACCACCUUGCUAGCACCGCCAGCAGCAGCAGCACCCUCUCACAGCCCCCAGUGACACAGCAGCGGCACAGCAGCAGCCCAGCAGGACAGAAGUCCACCGCCGACUGCCUCAGCAGCAGUAUCAGCAGCAGCAAUGUGAUGGAGCAGGCGGCGCCGUCCCAUGGGUCACCCCAAGCAGCCGCUCCGCAGCACCUGUCCCGGCAUGACGCGACCAAGCCCACAACGACAGCGGCGGCGGUGCAGCCUGCAGCGGUGGUGGCAACAACAGCGGAGGCGGCGGCAGCGACGUCAGGGGCAGCGGCACCCGUUGGCAGCAGCAGCAGCAGCGACCACAGCACCUCCACCACCAUUCCUGGAUCUAUCUGGAUUCUGUGUUGCAUCUCCGCAGCCCUCACGUGCGCCUCUUGCGUGUUCAACACCGCCCUGCCCAUCUAUAUGGUGAGCGAGUUGAAGAUGAGUAUGAAGUCCAUGGGCAUGUUCGAGGGCCUGCUGGAGGCCUUCUCGUACAUCGUGCGCAUGUGCUCAGGUGUCGUGUCCGACCGCAUGACCAGCCGCAAGGCCGCCAUCACCCUGGGGUUCGCCGCGGGGGCAGCCGCCAAGUUUGGCAUGGCGGGGGCGGGCACGGUGGGGCUGCUGUUCGGGGGGAAGGCGAUCGACCGACUGGCCAACGGCAUCCAGGCCGCCCCCCGCGACGCCCUCAUCGGCGACCUCUCCCCCCCCACCGUCCGCUCCGCCUGCUUCGGCCUCGCGCAGUCGCUGCGCAAGUGGGGCAGCGCGGUGGGCGCCCUCGCCGCCUUCACCCUCAUGAAGGCCUCCAACAACAACUACCAACUGAUCUUCUACUCCGCAGCGACGGUGUCGCUCCUCGCGACUCUGGCAUUCGUGGUGUUUGUGCCGGCGCAUGAACGAGUGGUGGAGGCGAAGCAAGCGCCGACGCAAGCGGCAGCAGGAUCUGAUGCUGCUGUGUCCUCUUCCCCCUCCGCCUCCUCCUCCUCCUCCUCGGGCGUUGCGGGUUUCCUCCGCAGCGUUGUGUCCAUGGGCUCCGACUUUUACCGAAUGCUGGGGGUGAUCUGCCUGUACGCCAUGGGGCAUGUGAACGAGAGCUUGCUGGAGGCUCGCGCCAUGGAGGUGGGUUUCGGCAAGGCGGAGGCCACCCUGGUGGUGGCGGCGCUGGCGGGAGUGACCUUCCUCACCGCCUUCCCGCUGGGCAAGCUGGAUGACAAGUACGGCCCCGGCACCACCUUUGCUGUGGGCAUCAGCGCCCUCAUCGCGGGUGACCUGGUGCUGCUGGCGGCGGGGAGCCACCCGCUGGCACUGUUCGCGGCGUGCGGCUUCCUGGGGGUGCACUGGGCGGUCAUCCAGGGCCCGCUGCUGUCCAUCGUGUCAGGUCUUGCUCCCUCCCACCUGAGGGGAACCGCAUUCGGCAUCUUCUACACCGUCAUGGCAGUAACGGCGGUUGCCGCAAACACAAUGUACGGCAGCAUCUGGCACAUGUACGGCGCCAAUGCGGCCUUCAUGACGAGUGCCGCACUUAUGACUGUCGUACUCACCGCGCUGCCGUACAUGCUGCCGCCGUCGGCGCUGGCGGCGAGUCGGCGGCUCGGCGGGGCUGGUACGGCAGCGGCGAGUGCUGCGCCGGUUUCCGCGCCGGCGGUCACUGCGACUAUCCUGCCUGCGGCGGCGUAAAGGUAUUCUGCGGAUGUUGCAAUUUAUACGGUUUAUGAAUUGCGGUAGAAACGCAUCCCGUAUGAAUGUCUGCGGUGGCAUCUUUGUGUUUGUGAGAAGUGCGGAAAAGGUGGAGAAUGCGGUUUCUCGGAUGCGCAUGUGUACGAUAUGACGUUGACUGCAUGUGCGGCACUUGGACGAGCGUGAUGGACUUGUUGACGAGCUGGGGAUGAGGAGGAAGAGGAGGAGGAAGAGGAGGAGGAAGCGGAGGGGAAAGAGGAGGAGGAAGAGGAGGAGGAGGGAGACACUGAGGGGAAGCUGGUGAGAGGUAAGAGAGCAGUCGGUUAGGCAAUGAGACAGUGGUCUCGUCAAUGUGAGGCGGCUGAUUGGUGUGGUUCGGGAAGCUGAGACUACCGCAGUCGGCAGUUCAACUGGUUGGCUGGCUGGGGUUCCCAACUGGAAUGCCGCAGCUGCGUUGUACACGUUGUUGUGGUUGUUGCCUUUCCGCACUGCAAUUUCCGCAUGUGCUGCGCAGCAGCGGGUGGCUGUGACAUCCAGUGGCCAGGUUUUGUUGCGAGGUAUGUCAGGGAGGGAUUAACUCGGGAGUCGAUGUCAGGUGCGGGGGGUAUGUGGGGGUGUUUGGCGUAGCAGAUGUUACUGGGAGCGACAAGAGGCACCGUCCUUGCACACAGUGGCAAUAUUCUUGAUACCGACAACCUGCUCGUUUACCAACCGGCUCACAUCAGGGCGGCUUAUGUAUGUGCACAUGUCGUGUGGAGACGGUUAGGAGCUUAGGACUCCUCCCUACGGCCCUGUCUGCGAUUUUUGGCUGUGAGGGGGGAGGCUUAAUGGGCGUAUUGAGUUGCUUGGGGGACUAGGUUUGCUGCUAGGAGGAGGGGGAGGGCUAGGAUCGAGGGGAAGGACGGCGGACUAGUGCGGAGGCGCGACUUGAAGACUGAUGGAGGGGGGUGGGACGGGAGAUCGGGAUGUAUUGAAGUUUGAGGGGUCUUGUUUGAUGGGCGCGACCUGUUUUUGCCAAUCAAUUUUGACGAUGAACUGCCAUGACGUGUCGUGCACUUUGGGUGUGGCCACGCGCGUGUGCGGGACUAGCUGCGAGAAAGCUUUUGAAAGAUGAAGCAAGUGGGUAGCUUAUUUGUAUAAUUCACGUGACCCUGACGGGAGAACAAGUUUGUUAACUAACGACGGAUACGGUCGAUGGCGUGGAUUCCUGAGAUGUAACGUGUGAAGCAUGUACGAC